UUUUAAUAUGGUGGUACUCGUCCAACGUGGGUGCUGAAAUAAUUUUUUAAUGCUUUAAAACAGUGCUAAAAUGUCUAAACUGACCCAGACUCAGUAUGAGUCCAGUGACGAUGAGCUCCCCGAGGAGGUCGCUUUUGAUGAGUCCAAAACUGCUGCGUUGAAGAGUGUAAAAGACGCGCUAGAGUCAGCAAGAAGAGAAAAGAACAUAUUGAAGGAGAAGAGAAGGAAAAGACAGCUACUUUUUCAAGAGCAAAAGAAGAGAAAGUGUCUUCCUGAAGACCUUUUGGAGGAAUUCGAUGCCUUGCCUCAAAAACAGCCCAUGACAAAGGACAACAACAACAAAGAUGAGGAGGCGACAGAGGAGGCUAAAAAGAUGGUCCCCAAAAGUUUGCAGGACAGCUACAGUGUAGUGAGGCUGAAGGAUGAGUCAGCUGCCAAAACAAUGCAACAAAGCGCCAUGGAUUUCAUUAAUUCCCGGCUUUACGGACCAGGAACCAAAAGAACCACCAAUGCAGAACAUCUGUCUCUCCAAAAGAAGAGGGGUCUCAAUCAAGGUGCAGCUGUAGAGUUUGUGAAUAAAAAAUGGGGCGCUGACCAUAAAGUGAAGGCUGAAAAAUCCAACAAGAGAUUUAUACAAAAACAGAAACUAGUUUCUUCCUGAGUCCUAAAACAGGAGAAAGAACUGGUGGAUUAUGAGCCACUUCACCUUCUGUUCUCUGAUUCACGUGAGGAUCAUGUCUGGAGACAGCCUCACAUUUAGAGCUGCUGCUUGACCGGGGAUCAUACAUUUAACAAGACACCUUUUGUUAUUUCAAACAUUUAUUAAGCCUCAUCUUUAGUUAAUAUUCAGACAUACGAGUAAUUUGUUUGUUGUGCAUCAAGUAAGAUUCAAGCGAUGAGUCUUUGCUCAAUAAAAUGACCAGUUUCUUGACCCUUGUGCACAAAUUGAAAUUUAAAAAAACGCAGCUUUUUUUUUUUCUCCAGGGUUUCACAUGCUGAAUGCGAAUUUUCUUCAUAUUUGGAUAUUUACUGUAGACUUUAAUACAUGUAAGCCAGUGUAAAGCAUGACAAUUCUGCAUUUUUGUAUCUUUCAAAUUAGGGAUGCACCGAUCAGACACCUGGUUCGCUAUCGGCUCCGAUACUGAAGCUUUUAAUCGGAUCGUGUAUCGGUCUGACGAGCCAAAUCCUAUACUGUGUGUUAGUCAUGUUCGUUCCUGUCAAGCUCAAAAAAUGACAUAAAAUAACCAUUAAAUCACAAUUAAAGUAGUUCAUAUGACUCAUAUUUAUUCAAAGCCACUUGAAGAUGGGCGAUAGCUCUGUGAAUCACAAAAGGAUGUGUUUAAUUGGUAAAUAUAUAAAAUGCACACACAGCUCCAGAGUGUCAGUGAAUGGCGCUGCUCUGUUUACACACACUCGCAGAUAAUUUUAGCAGUGUGCAAUAUUUGAGCACUACUCCUGAACAACAUCUCAGAUGUAGAUGCUCAAUAGUUCGGUUCACUUAUAAUAUGCAUUUUACCAGAAUUUGAAUAAGAAGUGUAUUAAACUACUGUGAACUUGCCUAAAAACAGACAUACACAGGACUUCCUGGAGAGUUCAGAAUGUCAAAAUAAAAGUGUGAGGGUUUAAAAGUUAAAGG